AUCAAAGAUGCGCGAGCGCCUCAUAGGAAUCGCGGAGCAACGCGCCGACAUGACGGACUCCAAACCGCCAGACUCGGCCGCAGCAGAGCACCCCGCGGCGGACAACCCUCAGUGCCAGCAGGCAGACACUUCCGAGAAGACAGUAGAAGACCACCGGCGGCUUCAGGUCAGCAACGGCAGUCAGGGAGAGCUGAUCAAGAUGGACCAGGAGAUGAGGAUUACCGAGAGCAUAGAGGACGGAGGUCUUCUGGAGAGCAGCAUGCGCCUGAAACCACAUGAAGCACAAAGCUACCGCAAAAAGGCCUUGUGGGUGUCCUGGGCGUCUAUCGGAGCGACCAUCAUCCUGGCCGUGGCUGCCUUCACCGUUUCCAUCAUGCGACACAGCGCUUCUGCAUUUGGAUUUGCUUUUGACGCCAUGCUGGAUGUCCUUUCUUCAGUCAUUGUGCUGUGGCGUUACAGCAAUGCUGCAGCCGUUCACUCAGCUCAUCGGGAAUACAUAGCCUGCAUUAUCCUUGGUGUGAUUUUCAUCCUGUCUUCCUUGUGCAUAAUGGGCAAAGCCAUCCAUGACCUAGCCACCAAGCUGCUGCCUGAAGUGGACGACUUCCUCUUCAGCGUCUCCAUUGUCAGCGGCGUGGUCUGCAUCGUCCUGGCCGUCAUCAAAUUCAUGCUGGGAAAGGUGCUCACAAGCCGGGCCCUCAUCACGGACGGUUUCAACUCACUGGUGGGCGGCGUUAUGGGUUUCUCCAUCCUCAUCAGCGCAGAGGUUUUUAAGCACGAGCCUGUGGUGUGGUACCUGGACGGUACAAUAGGUGUCCUCAUCGGCCUGAUCAUCUUUGCUUAUGGGGUCAAGCUGUUGGUGGACAUGGUCCCACGAGUGAGGCAAACGAGGAACUACGAGCGCUUUGAGUAACGCUGGACGCAGUUCGACGGCUUACAGUGGAGGAGAAGGCCUCUCCGGUCGAAACAGCCCCAUCUUCUCCAUUCAAUGUUUGAACUGCAUAGAGGACGGUGGCCGUUUUAGAAUGUAGAAUGUACACGCCUGCCUCCAAGUGACGGGUCACCAUGGAGCAGCAUAAACACAGCAGGAGAGAAACUGCAACACGAAUGUCAACAAUCAUGCAGGUCAGGAGGGCUUGCUGUGAAUGAUCAUCUUUCAGUGCCAUUGAAUGCAAUAGACGUUCAAUCCAGUUUGACUGCCAAAACGGAUUGGACGACUUUCGCCGUCGCUGGCACCAAAUGGUUUAAAAAGUAGUAGUAAGUAGAUUAAACAGUAUUUCCGACUCCUAUGUGUGAAGUUGUGUGUUUUGGAUACAGGGUGCACCUAAUUUGUAGCAUGUGUAGGAAAUGCAACCC